AUGGAUACCGAACAUUGUAGUUGUUCUAUAAUAAAUCCAUCAGAUUCAUCAGCUCCACCUAAAUCAUUUUUUUUCGACAGCGUUUACAACAUAAUGGCGACAACCGAACAAAUAUACAGCGAAAUAGUUUAUCCUUUGGUAGAGGGUGUUUUGGAAGGUUACAAUUCGACGGUUUUCGCUUAUGGACAAACGGGUUGUGGAAAAAGUUACACAAUGCAAGGAUGUACGUCACCGCCUUCUGCAAGAGGAAUAAUUCCAAGAUCUUUCGAACACAUAUUCGAAGCAAUAAGCGUUAUUGAAAAUAAAAAAUUUCUCGUCGUUGCUAGUUAUUUAGAAAUAUACAACGAAGAUGUUAGAGAUCUUUUAGGAACGGAUUGUAAAAAAAAAUUAGAUCUUAAAGAAAAUCCACAAACCGGAACUUACGUUUCCGAUUUGUCACAUCACACAGUUCAAAGCGUCGAAGAUUGUGAAAAAUUAAUACAAAUCGGUAUUAAAAAUCGCGUGACGGGUUCGUCGCUGAUGAACGCGGAAAGUUCUAGAAGUCACAGUAUAUUUUCGAUAUCUCUAGAAAUGAUGCCAAACGAAUGUACUAAAACAAAAGGAAUAAUACGUAGGGGAAAAUUAAAUCUCGUGGAUUUAGCCGGAAGUGAAAGACAAUCGAAAACUGGAGCCACGGGUGAGAGAUUAAAAGAAGCGACGAAAAUAAAUUUGUCACUCAUGGCGUUGGGUAACGUCAUUUCCGCUUUGGUCGAUGGUAAAUCAAAACACAUUCCAUAUAGAGAUUCUAAAUUAACAAGACUGUUGCAAGAUUCCUUAGGGGGAAACACAAAGACGCUCAUGAUAGCCUGCUUAUCACCCGCGGAUGAUAAUUACGAUGAAACUCUCAGCACUCUCAGGUAUGCCAACAGAGCAAAAAAUAUUAAAAAUAAACCAAAGAUAAACGAAGAUCCGAAAGAUGCAAUGUUGAGGGAAUAUCAAGAAGAAAUAGAAAAACUCAAAACGCUUUUAAAAACGAAUUCUUUACCCACGUCGGAACCGACAAACAACGACGAAUUGUAUAAAAAAAUAACGGAAGCAAAUUUAGAAACGGAUAAACUCAAAGCGGAUUACGAAAACGAAAUGUUAAAAUUAAAAGAAGAAUACGAGAGAGAACAGGAAAGUAAACAAAAACUCGAAAAAGACAUGGCGGAAUUGAAAAAACAUUACGAGGAACAAAUGGAUGUCCUUAAAAAGAAAAACGAAGAAAAUUCUAAAAUAAACGUGUCACAACAGGAAGUUUUAGAAAGAUUGAAACAAUUACAAGCAUCGAUGGUUGGAGGGGAAAGAGCGGGUGAUAAAGAAUUAAAAGAAAAACGUUUGAAAAAAAAGAAAGCAGCGGAAAAAAGGUUGGAAGCACUUGCUAUGGCAUUGUCGAAAGUCAAAGACGAUGAUGGGGUCAUGCUUAAAGUUUACGAUGACAUACAAGAAGAAUUAAAAGCCAAAACGGAAACGCUAAGAAAAUCAAAACAAAGGAUAAAAGGAUUAGAAAGAGAAAUAUCAGAUCUUCAAAGCGAAUUCGAAAAUGAAAGAACGGAUUAUUUAGAAGAAAUAAGAAAAGGUCAAAGGCAAAUAAAACUUUAUCAACAAAUAUCGGAUAAAAUGACUUCUGCUUUAAAAAAAGAAUGUAAUUAUUGCAAUUUAGAUAAAAUAAAACAAGAUUCAAUAUGGAAUGACGAAUUAGAAUGUUGGAAAAUUCCCGAUUUGAUAAUAUCGAGAACAAAAUUACCACCGGCAGGACAAACGAAUAAUAAUAAUAAUUUAUGGAUGACGCUUGUUGAAAAAUUACAAAGACAAAAUGGUAGUAGUUUCGAUAAAGGAAAUGACGAUCCCGGAAGCGGAUAUUGGAAUAAUAUAUCGGAAAGAUUAUCAUCGAGUUCAUCUUCAAGCGAUGGCGGUACCGUAACGAGAAACAGAUUCGAAAAUAAUAACGAAGAAGUUGAAGAUUUAGCAGGUAGUUAUUUUAAACCGUCAAAAAGAGCAGACGAAUUAAUAAAUAAAGCGAGAGAAGAUGCGAGCAAAGCAUUUAGUACGUGGCGUGAAUACGUUAAUAGAAAUAGAUUAAGACAAUUUAAAGGAGGAGGAGGAGGAGGACAAAUGAAUUACGAAACAAGACCGAGAUUGGAUGAAGGUACAAAAAGUGCAGUUCACGGAAGUUUAAAUUCAUUAAAUAUAUAUUCGAAAAUGAGAAGUAAUUUAGGAAGCGAUCCGGGUCAAAGGACAAAAAAUUCAUGGAACGGAAGUGGAUUAUGGGGGGAAAAUAAUAAUAAUAAUAAUAAUAAAACGUGGGAUAACGAAUACGAAACAAUUAAAAAACCCUUUAAAUUAGAUGCUUUACCAAUGUUAGACAAUAAAAACAAUGGAAGAUAUCAAAAAAAUGACGUCAACGGUUUCGGUUUAACUUGA